CCCGUGCCUGUGAGAAGUUUUCCAGAGGCAUCGGCCGGGUGCUGUACAACACUCUAAAUUUAGACUUUUUGGCGAGACAGCCCAGCGGCUCCGAGGCUUUUAAAGGCUUCACAGCUGCCCGGGUGGCUCUGUCGGCUGAGAGACUUCCGCAGGGGGCAGCGCCAACUGUUCUCUUGUGGGCCGGCAGGAAGACCAACCUGAGCCGAGGGUAUCGGCUCCUCCAGCAUCGAUCCCCCCGGAGAGCCACCCUCUUAGGGUUCGCUGCUUCGGCACCCUCGGCAGAGCACGACCAGGCAGGCGGCGGCCCCAUGGAGAAGGCCCACGGAAUAUUCGACAAUACGCUGGGGGGCUUCCUGAGGCCCCAUCCCGAGCCCCGAAGCUUCUCAGGCCGGGCUGGCGGGACGGGAAACAUCAGAACCUUGGGGGAUACGUACCAGUUUGCGGUGGAUGUCAGCGACUUCUCCCCCGAAGACAUCAUUAUUACCACGUCCAAAAACCAGAUUGAAGUGCGGGCUGAGAAGCUUUCUCUGAUCGUCAGAUCCUCUGCCUAUCCUGUGACCGUCAUCCUGCUGUGGAAAUUAACAAGAAGGAGUUAUAGGAGUUGCACUUUUUUUCAAGCAGCUGACGGGACCAUCGUCAACACAUUCACCCACAAAUGCCAGCUCCCUGAAGACGUGGACCCCACAUCGGUCACCUCCACCCUGGGAGCAGACGGCUGCCUGACCAUCAAGGCGCGGCGAAGUCCAGCCAAGCCAUCUGAACAAGUGCAGCAAACCUUCAGGACUGAGAUUAAAAUCUGAGCUCCGGGAGCAGUUCGGGAGAGCGGGCCGGGAGCCAGGCUGGGCUGGGAGGGGUGGGGGGUGGGUGGAAAGCAGAUCUGUCCUUCUGUUCCCCGUCAAUAAGAGAUGUUUUGGUUUGUCAUCCAUGACUGAAGGUUAAAGGGAUGCCGGCAAAGAGCCGAAAUGGCCAAAGCUGCCCUUCCCCCCCCCUUUUGAAAGGGGAAAGAACACAGCAGGAACAGCAAAGCGGGAAGGCAGCUGGAGCUGAAAUUUUCCAGUUCCGCAGCCAGCCAUUUAACGUUUUUAAGUGUCGGAGGGACGUACCGCUAAAAAAGAAAAAAAGAGGGUGCAAUAGGAAAUUUAUAUGGUAGGAAGUCAAUCCCGCAGCGGGAGUUUAAACCUAAUUAGGAUCACUGUAUACAUCUUGCAAGCGUUCAGGUUAAAAUGUUACAUAUGUUCAUAUGCUCCAUUCAGGGUUUUGUUUUGUUGUUUUUCCCUUCCUGGCUGUCUUUGCACCCCGCCUCCAAAUCCAACUUACCCCUACGAGUUUAAAAAUAAUAAUAAAAAAAAAUCGUCGAGGGAAAUGAAACUGAUGUAAACCAAUGUAAACUUUAAUUAUAGGAAAAUACGUGCCGACUUUGGCUCCGUGAA